AUAAGUGACGCAUUUUCCUGUGCGACCCGGUGCAGCGCUGUUAAAACGUUUGUAUGCGAAUGAGUUGUUGCUGAUUUUUCUCAUUUAAGGAUUUUGAUAUAUAUUUUUUGGACUCUUUUGCAUAUAUUUCAGACACUAGAGACACCCUGACGCGAUGUCUUUAGCAGACGAACUCUUGGCUGAUUUGGAGGAAGCUGGAGAGGAAGGAGAGGACGGUCUGUACCCGGGUGGAGAAGAAGACCAGAGCGAUGGAGAAAGUGCACACAGAGAGGGACAUGGAGGACUGGAGGACAUUCCAGAGGAGAUGGAGACAAGCUACAGCAACACGGAGUGUGUGACCUCUAUAGCAAAGCUGCGCAACAGCAAAUCGUUUGCUGAGAUCAUGGAUAAGAUUUCGCACUACGUUGGGAAUCCGCGCAAAAACACAGACGUAUCAGGACCGGUGGAGGCGGAUCCCGAGUAUCGUCUCAUCGUCGCUGCUAAUAACCUCACAGUGGAGAUCGAUAACGAACUGAAUAUUAUUCAUAAGUUUGUGCGCGAUAAAUACUCAAAGAGAUUCCCGGAACUGGAGUCGCUGGUGCCGAGCACGCUGGAUUACAUCAGGACUGUCAAGGAGCUGGGGAACAACCUGGACAAGUGUAAGAACAAUGAAACGCUGCAGCAGAUUCUGACCAAUGCCACUAUCAUGGUGGUCAGUGUUACUGCCUCCACCACACAGGGCACGCUCCUGGCGGACGAUGAGCUACAGCGACUGGAGGAGGCGUGUGACAUGGCGCUUGAGCUCAACCAAUCAAAACACAGGAUCUACGAGUACGUCGAGUCCAGGAUGUCCUUCAUCGCUCCUAAUCUGUCCAUCAUCGUCGGAGCCUCCACGGCCGCCAAGCUCAUGGGAAUCGCUGGAGGUCUGACGAACCUGUCAAAGAUGCCGGCGUGUAACUUGAUGCUUCUGGGAGCGCAGAGGAGAACGCUGUCCGGAUUCAGCAGCACGUCACUGCUCCCUCACACGGGCUACAUCUACCACUGCGACGUCGUUCAGUCCCUCCCUCCUGAUCUGCGGAGGAAGGCUGCACGCCAAGUCGCCGCCAAGUGCACACUUGCAGCCCGUGUGGACAGUUUUCAUGAGAGUGCAGAUGGCAAGGUUGGUUAUGAUUUGAAGGAGGAGAUCGAGCGUAAAUUUGAUAAGUGGCAAGAGCCGCCGCCCGUCAAACAGGUGAAGCCACUCCCAGCCCCGCUGGACGCUCCGAGGACGAAGAGAGGAGGCAGGAGGUAUCGUAAGAUGAAGGAGCGGUUAGGACUCACAGAGAUCAGAAAACACGCCAACAGAAUGACAUUCGCCGAGAUUGAAGACGAUGCCUAUCAGGAGGAUCUGGGCUUCAGCUUGGGGCAGCUGGGUAAAUCGGGCAGCGGCAGGGUGAGACAGGCGCAGGUUAACGAUGCCACCAAAGCUCGCAUCUCCAAAUCCUUACAGCGGACGUUGCAGAAGCAGAGCAUGACGUACGGAGGGAAGUCCACCGUCAGAGACAGGUCUUCAGGAACGAGCUCCAGUGUGGCAUUCACUCCAUUACAGGGUUUGGAGAUCGUCAAUCCGCAGGCUGCGGAGAAGAAGGUGGCCGAAGCCAACCAGAAAUACUUCUCCAACAUGGCCGAGUUCCUCAAGGUGAAGAAAGAAGGAGGAGCCAAAGCGUGAGAGUGAAAGACACGCACACACAGACACACAUUUUGGAUAAAGACUUCCUGCAUGUGUGUGUAAAGGGUUUCUCACUGUAUAUUAGUUUCUUUUUACCGUUUAAGUUCCUUUACGUCACUGAUUGAUUUUUUUUUUUUUUUUUUUUAAAUAAAUGUGAUUUAAAAUGUGUCCAAAAAGCAUCCUUGUCUGCCCUCGACUCCCACUCCGCACCCUUAAAUAGCUUUAAAUUAAAACAUCAUUUAAUCUCAAUACACGUGUGUUCAAGACAGAACGCAGGAGUCUGGUUCAUAAAAGUAUUUUAUUGAAAUUGUACAUUUUUUUUUUUUUUUUUUUCUCCACUCUCAGCCCCACUAAAGGCCAUGAAAUUAAUUUAUACAUCAGUUAUUUUCGGAGAAAAAAAAAAAAUUCACAAAUCAGCUGCACUUUCAGUCCAUGUGCUGGAAAAGGAGAAGGAAAAAAAAAAAAGAAAAGAAAAAGACCGAGACUGGACGUAGUCGUUUUAGCCUUCUGUGGAUUUUUCGCUUAUUUAUUUUACUUCUUUCCCUUUCUAAAAUAAGAAAGGAAAAGUGAAAUGGACUUUUUUUUUGUUUUCUGAUGUCCUAAAAGUGAGCAGUAACUAGAAACGGUGGAUUAAUUCAGUGACCCAAUCAUCUGAGAAUACGUAAAGGACGUCUGGAGCUAGAAAUCGCCAAAAAAAAAGAGUCACGACAUAUAUAAAGCUCUGAACGUUUACCAAUCUUUUUAUUUUUUUGAAUACUUGUUUUAUUAGAGAAUUGAUCUAACUCACGUCAUUUGUUAAACAGACACCAGAUUCACGUGCGUGUUCGAACGCUCCCGCAUACACGCACACACACACACUCGAGAUAAAGAUGCUACAAAAAAACAAACUAAAAAAAAAAAAAAAACGAGGACGGCCAAUAAUAAUAAUCAUCAUAACGCCGUUUAGGUGACGCAGGCCGAGAAGAGUUCAAUUGCAUAGCAAUUUAAUGUGUCCACUCGUUUUCCAUCUUUUGCCCUUUUUGUCAGUCCUGAACGCGUCUGAGCUUUAAUUUACUUUUAUUUAUUUAUUUAUUUUCCUGAAUUCGGACUACUGCAGCUUGAAGAAACGAUAUGUUAAAUAUUUAGAAAGCAUCUCUGUGUAUUUGUGCUAGAACGGUUUCUGAGGUUCCUGUGAAGUCACUCUGCGCCUCAGCGACCUCGUGUAUGCGCUGUUUAGAAGUUGAUGUGCUGGUGGACAAUUAUACAUGAAAUAAUAAAAACUUUUUAGCUUGUUAAGCACACUCUAGUAAAGUCCACCAGCAGGUUUUUGGGAGCUGGGAGGAAUCUGGAGAACCAGGAGGAGAACGGCACAGACCUCCAGCGUGGGUUUAUUUACGGGUUAAAACCUUAACGUGUCUCAUGGUCCUUUUUUUUUUUUU